CUAACUUAUUUGUCUCCCUGUAUUGUGCUGUCAGGGAAUGAAUGUGUAAGGCUAGCCGACUGGUAGCUUUGGCAAUGUUGUCACUAUCAGAAUGAUAUCGCAGCGAGACAGAGGAGAACUGGCUCGGUUUUAUACUGUCACGGAUCCCAAAAAGCACCUAAAAGGCUACACUGUGUACAAAGUGACUGCAAGAAUAAUCUCCAGGAAAAACCCAGAGGAUGUCCAGGAGAUAACAGUAUGGAAGAGAUACAGUGAUUUCCGGAAGCUUCAUCAGAACCUCUGGCAGCUGCACAAGAAUGCAUGUAGCCAGUCGGAGCUGUUUCCUCCCUUUGCCAAGGCCAAAGUCUUUGGUCGUUUUGAUGACUCAGUAGUUGAGGAAAGAAGACAGUGCUCCGAGGAUCUGCUCCAGUUCUCUGCUAAUAUCCCCGCUCUCUAUAGUAGUCAGCACAUCCAAGAUUUCUUUAAGGGAGGCGAGGUCCACGACGGCUCAGAGCUCAUUGGACCAGCCGAGCCCUUUUCUGACUUCCUGGCAGACAGUUUAUCAGACUGCAGCUCUGACGUUCAAAGAGACAUCAGUGGUGCAGAUGAUUUGACUAUCACAUCUGAGUAUGGAGGCCCGUCCAGUGACAGCGACCUGACCUCCCUGGCUGUGGAUACGGACUCUUUGGCUGGGCUAGAUGAUGGCAUGGCCUCAGGCCGCACCUCCCCAAACCAGCCACAGGGGGGAGCCACCAGCAUUAGCAGCAGCUGCAGCCCUCGCCUGCCCUCCCUGCACAAUCGGCGCACCCCAUCUCCUGCCCCAGUCCCUGCAUUCUCAGCCCCUAACCUAGAGGUCAACUGGCCAGGCCGAACGCCGCUCUUCUCCGGCAGUCUGAAGAAAGGCAGUGGUGGCAACCCUAAGGACGUGAAGUUAGACUACCUAGACAGAGCCAGUGAGCUCAUCUGUUUGGCUGUGCAGAAGGAGAAAGAGCAGGACUUCCAGGCAGCUUUCUCCUGCUAUCGCAGCGGCGUGGACCUGCUGCUGCAAGGCGUGCAAGGUGAGCCCAGUCCCACGCGGCGAGAGGCAGUGAAGAAGAAGACUGCAGAGUAUCUGAUGCGUGCAGAACAAAUAUCCAGUCAGCAUCUGAGAAGCAGCAUGGGUCAAGGGUCAACACAGACAGUGGCUUUGGGGGUACAGUGCUGCCCGUCCACCAGCAGAGGAGGCCAACAGAGUCCAUCUGAGGAGCUGAGAGUUUACAGGGUGUUAGGGGUCAUAGAUAAGGUUCUUUUGGUCAUGGACAAGAGAACACAAGAGACGUUCAUCCUGAAAGGUCUGAGGAAGAGCAGUGACAGUGGGCUGACGAAGAGGACGAUCAUGCCUCACUCUGUGCCCCACAUGGUGCAGCUGAGAAAGUUCAUCGUCUCUGAAGACACAGUUUUCCUUUUGCUGCAGUAUGCUGAAGGUGGCAAGCUGUGGUCUCACAUUGGAAAGUACCUGCGUAUUUCCAGCCCAGAGGAGAGCUUUGACAUUCCUUUCAUUCAGAAGAGCCACACAGCGGCUGUACACUCUCCACAGCAUGCUGUACCACAGCUGGAUGCAGGUUCGGCCAGUUCUGGUUCUGGGCCGGUUGCUUGUUCUGAUUCUGUGUCAGGGCUGCAGAACAAAGUGGGACAGAAACUCAUCGCGUCUCCUAAGAAAAGUGUUCUUCCUCCCAGGCGUAUUCAACAAAUUGGGGCCCAGUCAGACUCCGGUGCCACCUCGGAGGAAGAAUGCACCAACAGUUAUUUGACUCUUUGCAACGAGUAUGAACAAGACAAAGUAGAACCAGACGCACUAGAAGUGGAGGAAGAGAAGAGCGAACAGGAUAUACUGUCACUGGAAGUGCCCGCUGCGACGACCACCACUUCCUCGCGUAGCCGCUCGCUUCUUAGCAACGACAGCCUCUCUUCGCCGAUCAGCUCUCAGGAACUUGGCUUUUUCACCGAGUCGUCUGACAAAAGUGGCCACACCAUUGACAAUGAGCAAUACCGUGGCGAGGGUCAGAACCACGGUGAAGUGUUCAGCCCUCUGCCCUCCCCUGCUGUGCCUCUGUCUUUGGAUCAGUCCAAGCACACGCCAAUGGAGUUUUUCCGUAUUGACAGUAAAGACAGUGCAAGCGAGGUGACCUGUCUCGACUCAGGAGAUCAGCGUCCCUCUCACAAGCAGGUCCCCCUCUUUUCUCCAUCCGACAUGACCUCGGAUGUCACUGAGGAUCUUCCGGAGCUGGCUCAGGAGGUCAAAGGCCACAGCUCGGAGCUUUGGGGGUUAGACUGUAGUGAUAAAGGCUCCAACGAGUCAGUGCCAGUCAUCUCAUUUAAAGAAGCGGUAGUGGAGGAUGAGGGUCACCCGCCAGACCUUUUGGUCAACCUGCCUGUAACGGGUGGGAUUGUAGACUCUUCACAGCAGGAAUUAGACACUUCGGGCGUGUGUCUGGGCCUGGAGGCCACGGCCUCUCCUCAGAAGUUCAUCCAGCCUGAUGUUUUACAGCUACACUGUCAGCCUGAGGAAGAGGUGGAGCAGCCACAAGAGCAAGAGCUUUCAUCUUUGUGUACAGCCUCUGUAACUUGUGACACCAGUGUUGCAUCUUCUUCUCCUUUCAACUCACUGUGGGAUGACUGCAGCUUGACGUUCGGGCAAGAGGCUUCUGACAACAUGGUGGUUCAACCUGCAUGCCAAAAUAAUGACCUUCCCCUUGACCUUCCAGUUACUGACUCACUUAACAUGAAACUAGAGGCCAAUGCAAGAGUAAAUACAGACUCUAGUGGCAAAAGCACAGGCUCUAUCACAGCCACGAAUGGAACCGAGGCCUGCGCAGUGGUGGAGAGUUUAUUAGGUCUUGAUGGUGUAUCAUCAGGAGUUAUUAGUAAUACAGGUGGCAGCGUAUUUGAUAAAGAAGUAUCGCGGCUGUUUGCAGAGCUGGACGAGCUGUCGCUGGCUGCAUCCCAAGCUCGUAUCCCGGAGGAGUUUAUACGAUGCUGUGCGGUAGAGAUGGUGACAGCCCUGGAUUCUCUGCACCAAGAGGGCGUCAUCUGCCGAGACCUUAACCCCAACAACAUCCUGCUCGACCACCAAGGGCACGUUCAACUUACCUACUUUUGCAGCUGGAACGAUGUGGAGGAUUCCUGUGACAAAGAGGCCGUUGCCAAUAUGUACUGUGCACCAGAGGUCGGAGGUAUCAUUGAGGAGACUGCAGCGUGCGAUUGGUGGAGUCUGGGCGCCGUCCUGUUUGAGCUCCUGACGGGCAUGUCUCUGCUGCGGUGCCAUCCUGCGGGAAUCGGUCACCACACCGCUCUCAACAUCCACGAGUCUGUGUCAGAAGAGGCCAGAUCUCUGCUGGAGAAGUUGCUCCAGUACAACCCAAUGGAGAGACUGGGGGCAGGGGUUGGAGGCGUGGAUGAUAUCAAAUCCCACCCUUUCUUUGCCAGAGUGGACUGGUCCAAAUAGACGCUGUACAUUGUGGGACUGCAGAAACCAGAGCUGCAUUCUGGGAAGAUUGGGAAGACUGGCUGAAUGAAUUCCUUUCAGACUUGUCGCACAAACGGAUAAUACAGUACAUACAGAUUAUGCAUUUCUGCACACAGCUCCGCUUUUAUUUUUUGGACGGCCAUUCAUUCUUCAUGUACUUCUUUUUUAUUGGAUUUUUUUUUUUUAAAGAAGCAGUAUUACCUUCCUUGUACAUCGCUCAUUUCUUUAUCUCAUAGAGGGUUUACUGUGUGUCCUGUUUUGUGCAGGAGAACACUUUCUAACAUGUGUGGUGCAAUAAUUUCUACAGUAAGAGUUGGUACCGAGAUGACGUUGUUGCUUUUACACUCCCCAUACAGUAGCUGCAAGCCAAAAAUGACAAGUGAGAGGUGACAUUUUUUGCGUUUUCACUAAAUUUUUUAAGUUCUUUAUGUCACACGUUCAAACCGACGUAGACUUAAGUCAACUUCCCUAAGAAAAACUAAAUGUGCAAUACAUUCAGUUUGUUGCCACCUAUAACACUUUUCAUGCUGUGGGUUUUGGAACAGAUAUGAUAUCUAAUUUCCUACAUCAACUCCGUUUACAGCCAACCAGCCCACAUGCAGUAACAGAGAUGAACACUAUACAAGGUGAAUGAACAAAAUAUUUUGAGUUAGGAGAUAGUUUUGUUGUUGAGUGAAGUAUUUAGUUAUAUGAAGAUUUGAUUAUUUAAUAGAUUAUAGCUGGAAAAAGGGCCCGUUUACAAACAACACAAACCGUCUCCCUCCAUAGACGGGUCGAUGACGUCAAUGAGGAAAAAUAAAGAAGUCUUGAACCACACAUUUGAAACCAGCCCUUUUACAGAUUGUAGUUGUUUUUAUGAAUAACAGGAAACUCCCUGUACUGUCCAACACUGCAUUUUCUGCAUGGAAGAAUAUGAUUUAUGUAAUAUAUUUAAUAAUAUGAAGAAAAAAAAAAUCUAUUACGUGUGUCUUGUAAAUAUACCUUUUUAAAGGAUGUUGCGCUGAGUGAAAGGUACACCCCAAAUCUCAAAGCCUUGAUUUUGUCCAACUUGUCAAUCACUUACUGCCUCAUCAAUCAAAUCCUUUUUAUUUGAUUCUUUUAUGUUUGACACAACACAUCUGCUAACUAGCCACACGGAUCUUAAUGGUGAUUUUGUAAUAUCCAUCAUGACUGAGUUAUAUGGUAAUCAUUGCCAUGGAUACAUUACAUGUCAUAUAUCACUUCCUGUAUAAUCAGAUGACACUUCUCAGAAUUAUUGGAUCAUAUAUCAAACGCUUUGUAAUACAUUUCUCUAACUCUACACAGAUAAUCACGCCACUGUAGAUGCUGCACUCUGUUGUACGCCACUGCACUACAUGUUAACUGACAGAUACUGUAUAUGAGCAGGUCCAUAUUCCACCUAGUAACCCUUUUUAUCAGACAUUAACAUCACAGUGAGAUCAGAGUCUUUUUUUUCAGUUUUCUAUUGAAUGCUCACUUUUGUCUGUGCUGUAUGUCUGUACUGGUGUGUCAGUGCACUCUGGAUAACAAUAAACAUACCUGGAUGAGAACGUAAA